GUAGGCCUCAUUAAUACUCGCUCCUCCAUUCCUUUCAAAGAUUGAUUUACAAGAGUGAUAUUUUGUGGGACACAACAUUUUCAUUUACUAGUGCUCCAACUCUUUUGGCCAACACGUCGAGUAGAGAUCCAUGAUACUUCUCCAGAAGGUGGUCUAACCUUUUAAAGCCUAACCAUUCUGCAGUAUAUCAGAAAUUUGAAACAUGGAAGCUCUCCAACGACUGGAAAGGGAUCAGGCAAUAUUGGGAUUAAUGCGUAAGCACUCACUAUCUGGGCCAGAUGCAGCCUCGGAUCGGUUCCUCGCACAAUUCAUGGUUUUCAUGGUCCAAUCAUGUAGUAGUGCACAUGAAAUGAGGGGCAGGUGCAGCCUGUUAGCUGAGCAAUUACCAAAGAUGUCAUUGAUUCUUCUAGAAGAGGCAUUGUGCUGGAAAACCAAACAAGGCUAUGAGGAACUGCAAUACAAGGAUAGAGAUAAAGAAAGCAAGAUUGCUACAAAUGAGAUUAUCCCUCUUGUUCAAAACACUAAGGUAGAUAAUACACCUUUGGUUGGACUGAAUGCCAUGGAGCGCGCAAAGUCUACUCUAGAAGACUUUUGCAGAUCAUAUUUUAUGUUCCAUGAUCUGGAUGUGCAUAGACUUGAAACACUGUUCAAAUAUCUUCCAAUCCUCACAUUUGUUGAAAGUUAUAUCUAUCAGUUGGAUGGGCUGAAUGAAGAAACUUUGCAUCCAUCUGUGAAGGGGAGAUUUAUUUGUCAGGAGUCUUUUAAAACAGGACAAUUUUCUCCAUUGAUUGCCCUAGAGACUGACCCUUUUAGGCCAUUGCGCUCUGUCUUGGAAGUAAGAGGGUUAAUGACAGAGAGGAUUGACAAGGAGUUGAGAGAUGGUGUACAAUAUUGGACUCUUGAAAGGUUUCUAUGCAACUCUGUUUUAGAAAAUAAAGAGGUUUCCGUUCAGGAUGUUAUGAGAGCAUUACAAUUCAAAUCUUUUGAUUAUCGAGUUUUGAACCUUCUAUUGUAUGCAUUGACGAAUCAGCAGAUUGAUGAAUGCCAUUGGAGCUUCUUGUCCAUGUCAGAGCUCCUUGUUGAGAUUUCAGAUGACUUGUACGAUUAUGAGGAAGAUGUCUUAAAUAACACCUUCAAUGUACUGCGCAUGUUUGCAAAAUUGUAUGGACCAUCAAAAGCCCCCAGUAUGCUGGCAAAGUACAUAUCUGAAGCUGAAGAUAAAUAUCAGCAUCUAUUAAAUCAACUUAAUCCUGUUCUUGCUUCUGCAUACCAAAAGCGUUGUGAAGAAGCUGUCAAUGAAGGGGCGAAAGUAUCUGCGCAUUCCAUGGGAUCAUGGAAUAUACCUCAUGUUAUUUCAGAUGAGGAAAUUUAUAGAUUGCAGCAGCAAGGCUUAAACUAGGAUGCGUGUAAGAAGAAAAAAUACCUCAAUUGUAUGUUUUCCUGCAUGUUAUGGUCAUCCUAUUUGAAAUGAACUUUUUUGAGUGGCUCAGAUAUAUUGUUUUUGUUGUUCUGGACAAAUAUACAACUCUCAAAUUCAUGAAAUUCACUGACACUAUACAAGCCUUGGAUAUGAUAAUAACUCUACAGAAUUGUAUAGAAGAUUGGAUCCCAUCUUGUGUGGUUUGGUUUCCUUCCUUCAGGAUAGUACCUGAAUAAAUUAAUAGUUAGAACAGUACUUUUGUAAACAUUUUUUUCCUGAGUGGCCGUACAAAUAUUGGCCCUUGGGUGUUAGCUAUGAAACUCAGAAAGCUGCCACAAUAAUUCAUUAAUAUCAAACCUUAAAUUUCAAAGACUAUAAUGAA